CGCACACCGCGCCGCGCCCCGCCGCGCCUGGCGCCCCGCCCUGCUCGCCGGUCCGCGGGACCCUGGCGACCUGCCCUGGCGUCAUCCCCCGAAACCUGCCGGUUUAUUCUUGGGAGACAGGCACCGGGGGCUUUGCUGGCAACUGCGUGUGGCAGAGGGUGGCAGGGAUCUCCGUGACAGUUCUGGGAACCCGCGUGCCUGAACAUGGGGCCCCUGAGCCGGGAAGCUUGGGCCCAGCGCCUGGGCGCCCUUCGGGCCAGCCCGUCCGCUUUCAUGGCAGGUCCCGAGGGUGAGAGUUUGGGUCGCGACUUGCUGAGUGAUCUGCGGAGCGACAAGCUCACCGAACAGACCAAGGUUUCCUUGCUGGCCCUGAGCUUAGAGUUCCCAGCCCAGCUGUGGCCUGAUGCCUCGGCGGCAGAAGCGGCAGCCACCUCCCUGCUGGACACCCUGGUUCUCCUAUCCCCACGGCCCUCAGCUCUCCGGCGGCCCCUGCUGCUGGCGGCCACCACAGCCCUGGUGGCAGGAGGUGCGCUCGGCCCCACCUCAGGAGCCUCUGGCCGCCUACUGCCCUUGCUGCUAGGCCUGGCCGCUGGUCGAGAUCUGGGUCCGGGCUUUGGUCCGGUCUCAGAGCAGCGCCCCCUGCAGGCCACAGCGUGCGAGUGCCUGCGGGAGCUAGAGAGCUGUCAGCCAGGACUGCUGGGGGGCUGCCUGGGGCUCCUGCGGGGACUGUUGGGGCGGGAGGGCCCAGUCCAGCCACUCAGCCUGCUGGUCGCCCUUGUUCUUCGCAAUAUCUUGGUGGCACAGGCCAGGGCUGGGGCCAGCCUGCGGGGCCUGCUCACGGCUGGGGACCCCCCCACUGGGGAUGGCCCCUGUCCUUGGGACUGGACACUAGCUGAAGAAGGAGAUAUCCACUUACAGCCCCAGGCCCCCAGCUGGCUGGCAGCUGAGGAGGGGGAGCAUGGCCUUGCAGCGCUAGAGCCCAGUCCUGAGGAGGCCCGGGAACUUCGGGCCACAGUGGCCCAGCUCCUGGACGCCUCCUACCUGCUCACUCCCGUGGCCCAGGCCCAGCUUCUGUGGCUGCUGGGAUGGGGCCUUCGGGGCCUGCGGGGCCAGCCGCCUACACUCUUCAAGCCGCAACUGGUACGGCUGCUGAGCACAGCACAGCUGACCCUACUGCACGCAGUUGUGGCACUCAAGGCAGCCUUUGGCGAGGCUCUGUUCACUGCUCAGGAUGAAGCCCUGCUGCUCCACCGGCUCACGAUGGCUGCCCAACACCCUGCCCUGCCCCCACCCACCCACCUUUUUUACCUGCACUGUCUCCUGAGCUUUCCCGAGAACUGGCCACUGGGCCCUGUGGGUGAGGAGACCACCCCACUGCUGCUAGGGCCCCGGCUGUGCCAGGGCCUCCUGCCUAGUCUCCUGCAUGACCCGAUGGCCCUCCUGGCCCGCCUGCACCUGCUGUGCCUGCUCUGUGCUGAGGACCAAGAGGAGGAGGAGGAGAAAGGCCAGGCUGAGAGCCUCCAGCACUACCUGGAGGAGCUGCUGGCUGGCCUUCAGCGGAGGGCUGCCCUGGCUGGAGGUCCCCGAGCCUCAGCCACACUCUGCUUCCAGGCCUCGUACCUGGUUGCCCACUGCCUGGCAGGGCAGCCUGCGGUGCUGACUCCUCUGAUCCAGGGGCUGGCCCGGCUGUACCAGGCCCGGCCAGCCCUGGCCCCCCAUUUUGUAGACCUGUUGGAUCGGGUGGGCCCCGAGCUGGGGGAGCCCCUGAGGGUAGUGUUGUGGCAGGAGGUGGUGUCGGAGACUGGCAGGGAUGUGGCCCUUCGCUGGCACCUGCAGAUGCUAGCAAAGGUGGCAGAUGGGGGUGCCCAGAGUGUCACCUUGCGCUUUUUGCAGGCGGCAGCCAGCUACUGCACAGACUGGGGCCUCCAGCAGGCCCUGUUAGGGGUCUGCCGGACCCUGCUGCGGGCACGUGGGGGUGGUGGCCUGGCAGACUUGCUGCAGGCGCUGGCCGGGCAGCUAGAGGACCCUGACGGACGAGACCAUGCCCGCCUCUACUACCUCCUCCUGGCCAACCUGUCAGGGCCCAAGCUGGCGAUGGCCCUGGGCCCCUCGCUUGCCGCACCUGCACUGGCCUCCUCGCUGGUGGCGGAGAACCAAGGCUUUGCGGCGGCGCUGACGGUGCAAGAGGCUCCGGCUUCUCUGCGGCUGAGCGUGGGGCCCCGCAGAGUCGAGGGCCCUAGCCCGGUGCUGGAGCUCCAGGUGGAGGCGCUGCAGCCGCUCUAUUCCCUGGAGCUGCGCUUCCGAGUGGAGGGGCAGCUCUACGAGCCCCUGGGGGCCGUGCACGUUCCCUGCCUGUGCCCUGGCCGUCCUGCCCGCCCUCUGCUCCUGCCCCUGCAGCCCCGCCGCCCGGCCCCCACCCGUCUGGGUGUCCGCGCCCUCUACACCACGCCCACCGGCCUCACCUGUCACGCCCAGCUGCCGCCCCUGCCAGUGAACUUCGCGGACCUCUUUCUGCCGUUCCCACAGCCCCCCGAGGGGGCGGGGCCGGGCUUCUUUGAGGAGCUCUGGGCGACCUGCUUGCCCGAAGGCGCCGAGAGUCGCGUGUGGUGCCCACUAGGACCACAGGGGCUGGAGACUUUGGUGUCCCAUCACCUGAAGCCCUUUGUGGUGGCCGCCCAGCCCCCCGCCAGCUACUGUGUCGCCAUCCGCCUGCCUCCAGCCUCCAGGCUGCUGCUGCGGCUGGGGGUGGCCCAGGCAGAUGGAGUGUCUGUGGCCCUUCGGACCGACGACUGGGCCGUGCUACCCUUGGCGGGGGACUACCUUCGGGGGCUGUCGGCAGCUGCCUGAACCCGUGGGCGGGGCCAGGUGGGGACAGGUCUGGGGGCUUGCCUGAGAGAGGCAGCUAGGGGCCAGGUCUUACCCCUUUGGCUCUCUUCAUAAAAAAAAAAAAAAAAAAGACUUGCGUUCACCAGCGCCCUCCCCUGCCUUGUGUUCUUUUGGGCCCUGAUGGGGUGGGAGUCACAGGUCUUAAGAAACCUUCCAGGCUAAGAACCCCAGGAUGGUAGGAUGUGCCAGAAUCCUUCAGAAUCCCUAUCAAGGCAGAGAACAGCCUGCCCGUCCACUUCCCUCUGACCUUGCCCAAGGCCACCCAGCAAUUUCCCAACAAGGCCAGAGCUGGAACUGGGGCUUCUGGCUCGUGGGCUGGUGUUUCCAACUCCCAAGUUGGCAGAGCUCCUACCCCAGGACACUGAAACGGGAGAGGAGGCUGAAGUAGCCAGGUGCCCCUUCCCUGGGCUGGGAGGCCUUCCCAGGCCUGGGACCUAUGAGGACUGGAGCCACUUUUAGGAGGGGACACUUAGUAAGGUUUGGGGGCUGAGAGGGGGCCACAUAAAAACCCAAAUUUGUUGCUUUUUAGUCAAUUUUGAUGCAUGGCAAUCCCAUGCCUCAUGGCCUGGGCUAAAGCUAACCAGGCUUUCCCCUAACCCCAGCCUCCAAGAAACCCAACCUGUGCUUAGGGGUCCUCCCAGGUAAGAACUGGUCUCAUUUUUUCAAAUAUGUAAGACACAGGAUUCAGGUUUAUUGAGGCCAACUCUGCCACCAGGCACUGAGCUGGUGUUUUCCACAUAGGUUGCCUUAUUUAAUCCUGGCAACAGCCCUGCAGGACCCAGCAGAUGAGGAAAUCUGUAGGUCGGAGAGGUUGAGUGACUUGCCUACGGUCACCCACGUGGUUGGUAAUAAUGUUUUGUCAUCCUGUGGCAGGUUUCCAUUCUCCCAGCAUCAGAGCAGCUCUGCAGGGGCCACAGAGACAGAGUCCCCAACGCUCUGCCCUGGGCCAGCCACCAGGACAUGAAGAAGCCACAGGCUGCAGUGCUGGGUGGUAGAAUAGCCACCGCUGGGCUUUGAUGUUUUGCAGGAAAGGUCUUUCUGCUGCCCCUACCUCUCUGGCUUCCAGCCCCCAGGUUCCCCCGAGCUUGUCUCCCCCACCCCCAACUGGGGUGAGCUAGGAAAGGAAAGACAACCUGGGACAAGUAGGAGUUGUUAUAGAUAGGAGUCCUGAGACCUGUCCCAAGCUUGAAUUCUGGCUAUAACUUGCUCUGUGACCUUGGGCAAGUAAUUGCCAAAUCAGGAAGGGUCCAGUUCUAGGAAAUGGAAACUUCUCCAGCUGUUUGAAACAGAAAGGGAUUUAAGACAGAAUCAGGUGCUGACAAAGGCCCUGGAAGGCCUGGGGAAGUGGGCCUCCAGGAGACCACCAGUAAAAACCAAAAACCCAAACCCCUUGCUGUUGAGUGGUUUCCAACCCAUAGCAAUCUUAGGGGAUGGUGUAGAACUGCCCCAUAGGGUUUCCAAGGAGCGGCUCGUGGAUCUCAACUGCUGACCUUUUGGUUAGCAUCCUUAUCACUUAACCACUGUGCCACCAGGGCGGCAGGAUCUGCUGAAUUCCAGAACAUACUGCCAUGGCUGCCAUCCAGCUCCUCACAACACCCAGGAAGCUGCUUGGACACUGGAACACAGGCUUGGGCAGCCACUGCUGCCUCUUGACACCCACAAAGCCAGAGACCUGGCGCUGCUGACCCUCUCCACUGCUGGGCUCCCAGGGCAAACGGCCCGCAGGCUCAUUUCGCCCACCCACAUUGUUCAGAGUGCAGCUGAUUAGUGAAUCUAUUUCUCACACGGAACUCUAGUAGCAAGAGAGUCAGAAAAAUGUAGUUUUCUUUUCAACUUCAGAUGCAGAAGAUGAUGUUAGUCAUUAGCCUAAGAUUAAGCUAACUGUCCAUGUAAAGACUGCCCAUCCUUUUGUCUGUCUGCCCACCCAGCCAUGCAUCCAUUGCAUUUUAUCUAUCUACUCUUCCAGUGCUGGACACCUGACAACCUCCAACUCACCCUGCCCCAAGUAUGCUGCAGUGAACAUUUUUAUAUAGCUCCAUAUGGACCUGCGUGAUAACUUUUCUGGGUUACAUACCAAGAGCAGAGUAGCUGAAUCAUAGGGCACAAAUAUGCUUAAUUUGACUAAGUAACAUCAGAGUAAAGAAAGUUUUUUGCUUUGCGUCCCCUCACUAUGCCUAGGAAGGCAUACAAAGAGGCAGGGAUGGAGCAAGUCAAUCCACAAUGUCCACCACAGUCCACCCCUUUGCAUACUCAAUAUUCACACGCAUUCGCUGCAGGGCAAUGAGUUUAUCUUUUUAUAUAGCCUUUCUGCCCACUGUCUUGUAACUCCCACAAAAUGAGUGGAUGAGUCUAUGCAAAAAGGUGUAAAACUUUUUCUGGGAUUGGCUGGGAUAGGCAAAUAAGCUGCCUGUGACCCACCAAGGGGAUUGGUCAGUUUUGUCAUCCUGCUAGUCUUAAAAAGAGUCAAUCCCAGAGGUUGAGGUGGGACCUCAUUACCAUCAAAAAGAAAAGCCAGGAGUGGAGUGCAUCCUUUGGACCCAGGGUCCAGGUGCUGAGAAUCUCCUAGACCCAGGAGACAGCUGUAACGCUGGAGAGCUGUAACACUAGAGGCGGCAGUGGCAUGAGGCAACAGCAGCAUGGGACUGGCAGACAGCUUCAGUGGGUUCAUCAACCCAUGGAACAAGAGAACUGAGCACCUUUGGGCAGGAGGCUUCCUGGCAGAGUGGGGUGCCUCCAGGCGCUUACUGGCAAGCUAAAGAGUUGUAACAGUUGCCUGAGCAGGGCAGAGGCCAGGCCCAAAUGGGGCCUGGUGGCAGAGGCCUGCCUGCAGGCGCAGCCAAGAAGAAGCUGUCCUGAUGGAAGAACUGUAUCCUGAGUCGUUCUGAUCCUGAAUUGUAACCUGUUACUUCCCUAAUCAACCUCUGAAUCAUGAGUACAGUCUGUGAGUUCUGUGUGGCCAUUCUGACAAAUUAUCAAACCCAACAGAGAAGUAGAGAGUGCCAUGGGAGGGAUGACUGGUGUCGGAAUUGGUAAAAAGAUUGGAGGGUGGGGGAAUGUUGACCUCCGCCUCAGAGGAAUCAGGCUUGGGUUGAUGUCAAUGCUGAUUCUCCUCCCCUCUUGUGAAGUUAGAGGACCCCCGAUGCCCCCAUUUUAUAUCUGCUCAUACCUGAACUUCCUAAGAUAGUGGCCACAACAACACAUCCCUGCCUAACUAUCCCUCACACAACCAAAAAUUCUUUCCUAAAGAGGAGACUCCAAAUCCCAUCAGUCACUUUGUCCUCCUUGUGUGGAUGUUACUAAUGUUCACCAAUUACUGGCUUUCUACUUCGAGAAACACUAGUACCCUUCCCCAUCCUCUUGAAGUUAGAUCUGGCCAGGAGACGAGCUCUGGCUAGUGAAACGUGAAGGAGGUCCGUUCUGGGACGAGACAUUUCCUUGCCAAUGCUCGGCUUGCCAGUCAUGGCCUCUGUGGGAGCACAUGUUGAUAUGGAGGUGUUGUGUGGUUUAGUCAUUAUCUCUCCUCGAUAAAAUAGAACAAAUGCAGUGAAUUAUGCAGCUACUUAUCAAUAACAAGCACUUUAGAUGAGACAGGUGAGAACGAGGUUAAUUAAUACAUAUUUUACACUCAAGGAAGAAUGUAUGGGUCCUUUCUUGUGCAACUGACCAUAACUGGGGGUGUCAGAUUUGACAAAUAAAAUCACAGGAGGCCCAGACAAAUUUGAAUGUCAGAGAAACAAUGAAUAAUUCUUUAGUAUAACUACACCCCAAAUA